CACACACACACACACACACACACACACACACACGGGACCUACUGGAGUUAUCAGACACUUCCAGAACAAAAUACUGUUCCACAGUAAUAGUAGGCUUUGUGUACACAAAAUUCUGCGCACGUUGAAUCUUUGGUAAUUUCAAAUUUUGGUGGUUAGUUACCUGAAGAAAACAAUGUGUAGAAUAAAGCAAAUUUCAUGGAAAGUCACGCGGAAGGGCCGCGGGUCUCGGGACUCGCCACCAGCUGCACUGCGGCGUGAUGCCGCUUCAUGCUAUAUUCGUACACCUGAGUGUGCUCACACCCAUCAAUUACAGACAGGUAAGUCCAGCUGUUCUCGGAAGUAACUCAGCAGGGAGCCUUUAAACCACUAUGAGGAUAAAAUAGCUGAACCGGCAGCGCAGCACUGUCUGAAAUGCAUCUCAUGAUGCUCGAACUAAAUAGAUUUUUCACUUUCGUUUUCUACUGAAGUUACAGUAACUGGCAUUCGUCAUCUUUCGGUAACCACAAACUUGUUGCAAGAGUUAAGGACACUGGUGGCGCAGGAGACUGCUCUUGUAAAAACCAGUUAGCUUAUUACUCCAUUUACUGUUUCGAGAAGGUAAAAAUGAGACCGAAACUGCAGAGCGAAUGAAGCAUCGUUUCUCAGUAGAGGUAAACGGAUCAAAUGGAGUGGACGUGUUUUGCGACGCAGCGUAUUGUGGCGAGGUACAGAUUCCUACAGAACCGGCUGGAGGAUGCCAAUUCUCAGAAUGGGGACGGGCUGACAUCCCCUCAGCCCAAGACACCUUGGUGUGAGGCAAGGAAGCAGCUAGCCAAGCUACUGAACCCUGAGGUGAGGCGGCAAUCAAGUUCACGCGUGGUAGUGGUGAUGGGGAUGGUGGUGAUGGUAGUGGUGGUGGUCGUCUUACCUUCUGUACCUCGCCAACUGGAGUUCUUAUUUCAAGGUAAAACCAAGGCAUUACGGUGUAGCAUGUGCGUAUAUUUGCUUCGAUCUCGCCUCUUGGUUGAAAUCAGAGUCUCCUGGCUACUCUUCCUUACACUGAUCAAAACUUCCUCAAUUUUCCCGCCUUCCCUCGACGCGGAGCUUUCAAGAGUAUUAGGUCACCUUCGGAAAGUAAAUACAUUCUUGACUUAACUUUUCCUCGACCCAGUUUUCUUUAUGUACCACGAACUGCUGGGAGUCUUUUCUCUUUAUUGUACUCUCCCCUAGCAAACAGAGGGAUAAGACCCGAGACAGUGGCGUGCUGCUGACACAAACGGCGCGGUGCCACUGUCGUCAGGGGAGGUCCAGUCAAUAACUUCUUGGAACGCAUGAUUUUACCUCAACAUACAA